AUGGAGUGGAAUCCGUCAUUAUUCUUUCAGACGGACAGCGUCCCUAAAAACCCAUUCGCGAUUUUGAUUCUGAAUCAGCCGAUUAACGAGAGAGCUUUUGAUGCUGUUAGGAGACAUGCAUGCUACAUCCUCGUCGCUGACGGCGGCGCAAACCGCUACUACGAGCUGAUGAAAUUGCGAUCUAAGGAAAACACCGACCUCCCCUCCUGCAUCCUCGGCGACCUAGACUCUAUCCACCCUUCCACCCACGCGCACUAUGCCUCACACCAUGUCCCCAUAUUGCACGACCCAGACCAGUACUCAACCGACUUCAUGAAAAGCAUCCGCUUCCUACGAGUACACGCACACGCGAUCAUAUCACGCGAGAAUCCGGUUCUAUCCGAUAACCAUGAUUUAUACAUGACUUCAUUCCCCACCACCACAGCAGCAGGGGGCCAGAAAAGCAAGAAGUUGGACGUAGUUGUCCUUGGCGGUCUCGGCGGGAGGGUUGACCAGGGAUUCUCCCAAAUCCAUCACUUAUACACAGCGCACAUUGAGCGGCGAGAGAUGGAGGCUAAUUAUUCUGCGGGGGCAAUUGGAGAGCUGUAUCUUCUCUCUGAGGAGAGUUUGUCGUUUAUUCUCCCGCCGGGGAAGAAUAUAAUCCAUACACCAUUGACCCAUCGACUAGACUUGCACGCGAAAGAUGACGGACAGGCGGAUGCAGAGGAUGCGAAAUGGGUGUUCUCUGAAAACGUCGGCGUAAUCCCCCUGUCAGGGCCGACGGUCAUCUCGCUGACUGGGUUUGAGUGGGAUGUGACGGACUGGAAGACGGAGAUAGGAGGGCAGUUGUCGACGAGUAAUCAUAUUCGCGCGGCGCAGAUUGAGGUUGUGGUUGAUGAGAGGUUUGGGAGGCCGGUGUUGUUUACGGUGGAGUUGGCGAGGGGGUUAAAAAAGGUAGAAAGAUAA